AGGAGGGAGGUAAAGGCUGUGGGUCUGGUAUUUCUGCUAGGGUUGAUGGCCUUGUUUGUUAGUGGGGGUUUCAUAUAUUGGCUGACGAUGGGGGAGCAAUGGAUUGUGCUGCUUGUUUGCUGUUUCUGGCAGCUGUGUGUAGGAGCCCAGAUUCUAAGGCCACAGAUUGCUAACCCAGCGUUUGCUAUAAACAACCCCACCCUCACUACAGUCGCUUUAGAGAAACCUUUCUGCAUAUUUGAUGGGUCAAUAUCAAAAGGCGAUUCCUAUAAAGUAUACCUGUAUGUCAUGGUUGACUUGGCAAGUGCUUCGAGGUCAUCUGUUACAGACAAUAGCAGUAAACCUCUUGAUGCUACUUUCCAACAAACUAAUGGAGGGCAAAGUGGGCCUUACAAAGCUGCAGUGUUUAAUGUCCCCAACUGUGCAUCUCCUCCCAUGCUAUCUGAUGCUGCUGAUCCAACCAAAGUACCUGCUGUCUUGACCCAGUAUCUGAUCAGAGUUGGCAAUGAUUCAUCUUGUCUAUAUGACCCAAAUUUCCAAGGUGUUUGCAAUCCACCUCUUUCCCAAGAUACAACUUACAGGUUUAAAUACCUCCUGGCUGACAUAACUGUGGGUGUCAUGAAAGAUCAAACUCCUUGGUCUCAUCCAGUCAAAAUGAAGAAAUUGAAACAGUCCACAACGAUUGAUACUUGGCCGGGUCGGAGAAGUGGUGGAAUGAUAGUCAUCUGCUCCAUCCUGAGUGUGCUAAUGUUGUUGCUCAUGGUUGGGUUUCUUACUGCCAUGUUCUUUGCUAUAACGUUUCCUUGUAGCAAUGAACAUAACACCAUCUCUCUUUGUUUAUGCUGCUCAAGAGAGGAGCAGAAGAGACUGUUGCUGAGACCAGAUAUGAAUCUCAAACAAUCCAAGAGGCUGUCCCAAGAGUACAAGAGAUUUCUGAGCAAGAAAACGAAUGACUUCUCAUUCAUGGAAGAGAUGUUCUUCAAGACUGAAAUGAAGCUUGACAACAGUCUCUGAGCACUCCUCAAAUGCUUGGAUAUUGAUUUGUGUAACCAAUACUAAACUUCAGGUAUUUUCAAUAGAAAUUGAACAGUGCAAGAUGCCUUCUGUAUAGAACUAGAAUUAUCUUGAUCUUAUCUCAAACUCCCUAAAAAUGUCUUGCUUUAAUUGGCUCAACUUUGAAUCCUCCUAUAAAGACCUGCUCUCAGAGGAGAGUCCCAAAAACUAAUCUAGCAUUGAAACUGAAUGGGCUGAAUUUUGUGCAGGGCUGUACAACCUUGGUCCUCCAACUGUUGUUGGACUAGAACUCCCAUCACCCCUAGCCAUCGUGGCCAAUAGUCUGGCAUGAUGGGAGUUGUAGUCCAACAGCUGGAGGGCCGAAGUUGUGCUGCCCUGAUUUUGUGCUAUAAUUUCAGUUGCUUAGUGAGGGCUUGUAAAGGGUGUUUUUUUGUGGGUGUUUUUUUUUUUUAACUCAAAACAGACCUUGCAUUUGUUUGAACUGGUUGUACUACAGAGUGUAUGCUUGUUACUUUCAAUAAAUGUAAACUUCUAAAGGUA